AUGUCUCAAAGAGACCGAGAGACUGCUUCAAUAACGACACCACACCAUCCCCCGAGUCUGUAUCCCCAGAACGGCCCGGGGUGUGAAUCCGGUGAUCGUGUGAUCCUUGGAGAGCUUCAGGGUCGGGAUCACCGAGUUCCUCGUUCCUCCAUAGUGGACUGUCUGUUGGUGGAGUUGUAUGACACCUACAGUAGCGCCCGGAUCAGUGUCGACAGCCCGGAUAGUAGUACCGAGGCGUCCAGUUCGGAGCUGUUCUGCCGUAGUAAUACUGGGUCCAGUUUCCUCCAGGAACUACAGGAGAAACACACCAGGAGACAUCAGGUCAGCUACCUGUCUCAGAAAGCACCAGGAGAGUUGAGCUGUAUCGUAGAGGAGGUUCUCUACAGGACGGGUCUCCAGUCAGCCAAGCUGCUACGCCAGCUGAAGCGGAGAGAUCGCCUCGCUCACAAGCUCCAGAAGAACUAUGACAUCAUCACCGCCUGUCUUCAGGCCGUGUCCCAGAAGAGAAGAGUGGACACCAGGUUAAAGUUCACCAUCGAACCUUCUCUGGGCAAGAACGGCUUCCAACAGUGGUAUGAUGCUCUGAAGGCUGUGGUCAGACUUCCUACAGGCAUCCCUAAAGAGUGGAGGAAGAGGGUAUGGUUAAGUCUAGCUGAUCACUACCUCCACAGUAUCUCUAUCGACUGGGACAAAACUCUCCGCUUCGCUUUCAACGAACGCAGUAACCCUGACGAUGACUCGCUGGGCAUCCAGAUUGUUAAGGACCUACACAGGACAGGUUGUAGUUCAUACUCCGGCCAGGAGGGGGAGCAGGACCGAGUGGUGCUGAAGAGGGUACUCCUGGCGUACGCUCGCUGGAAUAAGGCUGUAGGAUACUGCCAGGGCUUCAAUGUACUGGCGGCUCUCAUACUGGAGGUUACCGAGGGCAACGAGAGCCACGCACUCAAGGUGAUGAUCUACCUGAUAGACAAGGUGCUACCGGAGAGUUAUUUUGCCAACAACCUGCGUUCUCUGUCGGUGGACAUGGCCGUGUUCAGAGAUCUCCUGAGGAUGAAGCUUCCUCACCUCUCACAGCACCUCCACCUUCUGCAGAAGACUGCUGAUAGAGAGGCUGGAGGAAGCUACGAGCCUCCCCUGACCAAUGUCUUCACCAUGCAGUGGUUUCUGACCAUGUUUGCGACGUGCCUGCCGCCCAACACCGUGCUGAAGAUCUGGGACUCGGUGUUCUUCGACGGUUCGGAGGUUCUCCUGAGGGUAGCUCUGGCUAUCUGGUCUCACCUGGAGGAGCAUAUAGAGUGCUGUCAAACAGCAGAUGACUUCUACAGCACCAUGGGAUGGAUCACUCAGGAGAUGUUGGAGAACGGCCUCGUGGACUGUAGCCACCUCAUGCAGACGGUCUACUCCAUGGCUGCGUUUCCGUUCCCUCAGCUGGCUGAACUCCGAGAGAAAUACACCUACAACAUCACUCCCUUCCCCACAUCCAACCCCAACGGCAGUGGCGGUCCAGGUGGCUGGGAGGGCGAUGAAGACGAGGAUGAAGAUGAAGAUGCCGUGGUGACAGCAGCGUUGGGAUGUUUGGGUCCUCUGGGUGGGCUGUUAGCUCCAGAACUACAGCGGUACCAGAAACACAUCAAAGACCAGCGCUGGGGGGAGCAGGGAGGUGACAUGGCGGCCCUGAGCCCGGGUGCGGUGGACGGGGGCGGGAGAGCGGAGCACCAAGCGGCCGUGAACAGUAUGUUACAGGAGAGGAUGAGUACGGACGUCAGCGCUCUGAGGAAACAAUACUCGCGUCUGAAGAGACAUCAGCAACAACAGGCCAGACGGCUGUACAUACACACAGAUCGAUGUCCAGCCACCAGUGUUUUAGCAUCUCAACUCCGUCCUUCUCCUGUCGUCAACCACCUGUUGCUAGGCAGGAAGCCCAGGAACGGCCGGGAACGGCCUCCGUCCUGUCCCCACGGCCUGCAGGGAGGUGUCCCCCUGUCCCAGGAACAGUCCAGCCCUGCCACCGUCCCCCCUAGAGGGGAGAGGGAGAGGAACGGACUGGUAUCUCGCGCUGAAGACUGUCGGAGCAGGGCGAGGUCCCCCUGGCGAGCCCACGUACGAACCCAACGCAGGAACACAGCCCGGGUACAGCUAGGGUUUGGAGACGAGGAGGACAGACGGCCUCGUCAGACGGAGGAGGAGGAGGAGGACAGACGCCCUGGUCAGACGGAGGAGGAGGAGGACAGACGCCCUGGUCAGACGGAGGAGGAGGAGGAGGACAGACGCCCUGGUCAGACGGAGGAGGAGGAGGAGGACAGACGCCCUCGUCAGACGGAGGAGGAGGACAGACGCCCUCGUCAGACGGAGGAGGAGGAGGACAGACGCCCUCGUCAGACGGAGGAGGAGGACAGACGCCCUCGUCAGACGGAGGAGGAGGACAGACGCCCUCGUCAGACGGAGGAGGAGGACAGACGCCCUCGUCAGACGGAGGAGGAGGACAGACGCCCUCGUCAGACGGAGGAGGAGGACAGACGCCCUGGUCAGACGGAGGAGGACAGACGGCCUCGUCAGACGGAGGAGGAGGAGGAGGAGGACAGACGCCCUGGUCAGACGGAGGAGGAGGAGCACAGACGGCCUCGUCAGACGGAGGAGGAGGAGGAGGAGAGAGAUGGAGUGGGUGAGGGAAAGGCUGAUGACGAGGGUAGUCACCUCCCUGUGUCUCCUGCCCAGACCUCCAGGAAGGAGGAGGAGCACCUGGUGUCUCUAGAGCUGAACUCUGGGUCAGAACUAAACCAGACCCCACCUCCACGACCCUCCUCUAGCCCGGACACGCCGCCCUCCUCUGGCCCGGACGCGCCGCCCUCCUCUGGCCCGGACGCGCCGCCCUCCUCUGACCCGGACGCGCCGCCCUCCUCUGACCCGGACGCGCCGUCCUCCUCCCGACCCGGACGCGCCGCCCUCCUCUGGCCCGGACGCGCCGCCCUCCUCCUGACCCGGACGCGCCGCCCUCCUCUGGCCCGACGCGCCGCCCUCCUCUCUGGCCCGGACGCGCCGCCCUCCUCUGGCCCGGACGCGCCGCCCUCCUCUGGCCCGGACGCGCCGCCCUCCUCUGACCCGGACGCGCCGCCCUCCUCUGGCCCGGACGCGCCGCCCUCCUCUGGCCCGGACGCGCCGCCCUCCUCCUGGCCCGGACGCGCCGCCCUCCUCUGGCCCGGACGCGCCGCCCUCCUCUGGCCCGGACGCGCCGCCCUCCUCUGGCCCGACGCGCCGCCCUCCUCUGGCCCGGACGCGCCGCCCUCCUCUGGCCCGGACGCGCCGCCCUCCUCUGGCCCGGACGCGCCGCCCUCCUCUGGCCCGGACGCGCCGCCCUCCUCUGACCCGGACGCGCCGCCCUCCUCUGACCCGGACGCGCCGCCCUCCUCUCCCUCCAUCCCAGAGCUGCCUGUCCUGCCUCCUCUUCCUCGACCAUCCUCAUCACACCUCCACGGUCAACAGUCCGACCCUUCAGUCUCCUAUCAGAACAUCUACUGUAUGAGAUGCUCCCCUGGUAACCCUGUUACCCUCUCUAACCCCCACAGCCCCGUUACCCUCUCUAACCCCCACAGCCCUGUUACCCUCUCUAACCCCCACAGCCCCGUUACCCUCUCUAACCCCCACAGCCCCGUUACCCUCUCUAACCCCCACAGCCCCGUUACCCUCUCUAACCCCCACAGCCCCGUUACCCUCUCUAACCCCACAGCCCUCCCUGUUACCCCCUCUAACCCCCACAGCCCCGUUACCCCCUCUAACCCCCACAGCCCCGUUACCCCUCGAACCCCCACAGCCCCGUUACCCCCUCGAACCCCCCUGCCCCGUUUCCCCCUCUAA